AUGGCUGAUGUCGCCGAUGAGAUUAAUGCCACUAAGGUCUAUGAGUCCAAAACCUAUGAGGGUAGGAUGGCAUCAUUGGAAUGGAGAUCGUCCCAAAGGCCCCACAAGGCUUUCAAGGCUGCGGUCAAGAGAGCUAAGAGGUUGGAGUAUUCGCUAAAGAGAAGAGGUGGCCAAGAACUGGUGGAUGCUUAUAGUGACCAGUUCAAGCAAUGGCUUGAUAAUGGGUUUAUCCGUCCUGUCGACA